UUCAGUGAUGAAUUGAUGGCGAUCCGGAAAGAAUUUGUCACCGUUCACGGCGAGAUGGUGCUUCUUAAAAACUACAAGUCCUUAAAUUUUGCAGGUAUCAUCAAGAUAUUAAAAAAGUAUGACAAACGAACGGGUGGAUUACUGCGUGUACAUUUCACACAACUUGCUCUUCGUCAACCAUUUUUCACAACGGAACCUCUUACAAGAUUAGUCCACGAGUGUGAAGAGAAUCUAGACCUCUUCCCUUUAAAAGCGGAAGUAGUUGAAUCUUUUUAAACAUAUGAUUGUUUU